AUGUUGGAAUACAACGGUAUAGUAGAAAUUGCUGGAAAAAAAGGUAGUGGCCGCACCAACCUUGUACUGAAAGAGUCGCUGUGCAAAAGAACGCUGUUCAUUUCGGUAAAACCGUUUCCCAUCAACCGAUACGCUGACCUACUCACAAAAAAAUACGGAAACAGCAUCUUAGAAAUUGACAACCACUUGAACAAUACCUUUAUCAUAAUAAUAAGUCAAAUUGAGAAGAUGGAGGCAUUCAUUCUGCACAAGUUGGACAGCAUGGUCAAACAACAUGGUAUCGCACUGAUCGUGUUGUACGAAAUAGAUUUUGUUUUACUCGAUGAUUGCAUUGAGAUGAGCUCGAUAUUCCAUAUAAUGAACAAGCUGCAUAGAAUAAGGCAUAGCAACGGAUUGCAUGUUGUAUUUGUUACUCUGUACAGAAAAGUGUUCAGCUACAAUUACAACAUCAGAAUGAGCAUGGAGUACUUCAUUAAUGAGAGAUACCAUGUGAUUAGAAGGAAUGGUGAGAGAACAAUUACCAGAAUUGGUCACAUAAAUGACGGAGUGUUCAACAUGCAGAUAACUAAUGAUGAUGUUACCUGCGCUCGAGCAAAAGGAAACGAAAACUGAAUUUUAACUAUCAUCACACACUCCAACAAUAUUCGUGGUUUGCCCGUGCUUCUCUAAAAUUUAGUAUCUGUUAUUAAUGCGCUGCGCAAUCGAAAUGGUGUAAAAUCGUUGGUAUUUUAUUGCCAUGCCAUCCAUCUAAAGAUGAAGAGCAGCAUUAUAUGCCGAUACAGUGGAGAUGAUGUGCUAAAUUUUUACAUUUGAUCAGGUACCGUUGAGAAUGAACAAAACUGUUUAUAGUGGUGUAGAAUGUUGAAUGAGAUCUUUUUAGGGAAGUUGUUGCGUUUGGUCAGGAACGGCGUGUUCAUUUGGUAAGAAUAUCAAAGAAAUUGCCAAUUCUAGUGCUAAAAGCUCUUACCGACAGUUUCGAACAUUUUGUGGACAAUAGUACCGUAAAACGGAGUGCAUGCUGAUCAUCACAUCUAUCACAUGAUGAAUACGUGCUGUAGCACACCUAUUAUCCUUUCAUCGCGCGCCGUUGUAGAAGACAAAACAACUUUGGUAAAAAAUGAAUUUGAUCGUAUCACGUUCUUCUUCCUAUCGCAAAGAUUGCAGCCUUAACUUCGUUGCCAAAAAUUAUUCUGCAUGUUCCUACCGGUACAGAUCCCGGUAAUGGUGUAGCACUUCGUUGCAUGUUAUCACGUACCGAAAUAAAGCUUCAGUUCAAUAUACGGCAUAUUUUCUGGAAAAGCUGUGAACCGGUC